AUGCGCGCAGCACUGCUCGUGCUCUCCCUCUCGCUGGCACUGCGCCCCGUGUGGGCCGAGGACGCGGCGGCGGCGCAGCAGCCCGUCGCCGUCGUCGAGGAAAAGGUAGAGGCGCCCCCUGGGAUCUUUGUCGAGGACGACACGCCACCGCCGUUCGAGGUGACCGACGUGGCGAAGGAGCACCCUGACCAGCGGCCGCCCGAUGCGUCGGGCACCGCGACUGCCGUGCCCGAGGAGGAGGAGGAGGACGUCGAGCGCGAGGACGACAUCAAGGAGGGGCAGGUGCACCCCAAGACGCCGAAGAAGUACACUGCGCCGAAUAUCGACGGGCUGAACGCCGACCUCGAGACGAUUGCCGAGCUGCGCGAGCUCGACCGCCUGACCGAGGUCGAGGAGAUCGAGUACGACGACGGCGACGACGACAUUGACGACGGGCCCGGCGGCGGCCAGCGCAAGGACGGCCACCGCAUCCCCUGGGUCGACAAGUGGCGCCACGACGAGGGCUCGUUCCUCGACUUGGCGUGGUACGACCCCCGCGUCAAGAACCAGUGGCGCAAGCUCGACAAGCUCAAGCCCAAGGACCUGCAGUACAAGGACAUUCCGGGCCUCGUGUGGCAGGUGAAUGACGAGCCGAGCACGCUCGCAAAGCACCAUGUGCGCGUGCUGUCGCCGACGCGCAAGCAGUGGUGGGUCGCGGGCACGGACAACCGCCUCUGGAUCGAGCCCACCGAGCAGUCGGCCCUGCCGGCGCGCUUCCCCGCCACCGCGCUGCUCGUCGACGUCGGCAGGCGCGAGGAGCUCACCGGCCCGGGGGUAUGGGGCAUCCGGUCCAUGAUCCCGCCGCUCGAGCUCGGCAGCCCGUACGGGCAGCCCAAGGUUCCCGGUCUGUGGUUCGGCGCGCUGGUCGUCACAAACUACACGGUCACGCUGCCCGACGUGCCGGCCGGCAAGGCGUACGUCAUCAAGCUGGUCAACAUCCGCAAUGCGAAGGAGGUGUACUGGACCUCGCCGCGCUUCGAGAUCCGCGCACCUGGCUCCAAGCUGAGCGAGGUGAGCGCCAGGACGCUCCAGGGCGGCCACUGGAAGCGGUCAGCUGCGGAGCGCAGCACCACUGCCGCUGCUGUUGUUGUCGUGCUGGCUGGCACGUUUGUCGGCAUCCUCACGGCCCUCUAG